CCGCCACCAUGGGGAUCCUGGAGAAGAUCUCCGAGAUCGAGAAGGAGAUCGCUCGGACGCAGAAGAACAAGGCCACUGAGUAUCAUCUGGGCCUGCUGAAAGCAAAACUCGCCAAGUAUCGGGCCCAGCUGCUGGAACCGUCCAAAUCGGCCUCAUCCAAAGGAGAGGGUUUCGAUGUCAUGAAGUCGGGUGACGCCCGUGUGGCGCUGAUUGGAUUUCCCUCUGUGGGUAAGUCUACCUUCUUGAGUCUAAUGACCUCCACAGCCAGCGAAGCUGCGUCCUACGAAUUCACAACCCUGACAUGUAUCCCUGGAGUCAUUGAAUACAAAGGAGCCAAUAUCCAGCUCCUGGACCUUCCUGGGAUCAUUGAAGGUGCAGCACAAGGGAAAGGUCGUGGCCGGCAGGUGAUUGCUGUGGCACGCACGGCUGACGUCGUCAUCAUGAUGCUGGAUGCCACUAAGGGAGAAGUGCAGAGGUCUCUGCUGGAAAAGGAACUGGAAUCAGUGGGUAUCCGCCUCAACAAGCACAAGCCCAACAUCUACUUCAAGCCCAAGAAAGGUGGUGGCAUCUCCUUUAACUCCACAGUCACACUGACCCAGUGCUCGGAGAAGCUGGUGCAGCUGAUUCUGCAUGAGUACAAGAUCUUCAACGCAGAGGUGCUCUUCCGAGAAGACUGCUCCCCGGAUGAGUUCAUCGAUGUGAUCGUGGGCAACCGGGUGUACAUGCCCUGCUUGUAUGUUUAUAACAAAAUUGACCAGAUCUCCAUGGAAGAAGUGGACCGCCUGGCCCGGAAGCCCAACAGUGUGGUCAUCAGCUGCGGCAUGAAGCUGAAUCUGGACUACUUGCUUGAGAUGCUUUGGGAGUACUUGGCCCUGACCUGCAUCUACACCAAGAAGAGAGGACAGAGGCCGGACUUCACAGAUGCCAUCAUCCUCCGGAAAGGGGCCUCUGUGGAGCACGUGUGCCACCGCAUCCACCGGUCACUUGCCAGCCAGUUCAAGUACGCGCUGGUGUGGGGCACCAGCACCAAGUACAGCCCGCAGCGGGUGGGCCUGACCCACACCAUGGAGCACGAAGAUGUCAUCCAGAUUGUCAAGAAGUAGUGCCUCUUGCUGGGCGCCCUGCCUGCCCGCCCUGCCUCCCUGGGGAGUCGGCCCCAGCAGGGCGCACCAAAGCCCAAACAGGAAAAAUACAGAUACAUACACCCCAGGAAGGGGUCUCUCAAGUCUCUGCUGUCUCCAGAGGUUUCUUCUGUAGGCAGAUGAUGAAGAGUGUUGGGGCAAAGGGACAUGGUUGGGGGACCUGGGCUGGUCUGGUGGCAUUUCCCAUGAGACUGGCCCCUUGUGUUUGGAACCCUCCCCCUGG